CAUUCAUCUUCUUCCAGAGAGAGAGAGAGGAGAGUUAACGAGAAGGUUACUGUACAUGAGGGAGGAACUGCUCUGGACCAAAACACUGCGGAGAGAAUAGCUGCAAAAGCAAAAGCAGAGACAUUUGUUUGUAUAGCUGUGAGGAGCUUAUUCUUCUUCCAAACAUCACAGGAGAAGUGAAGCAUCAUGGGGAAACACAACAGCAAGCUGGCUCCGGAGGUUCUAGACGACCUGACCAAGAACACUGAAUUCAACGAGGCGGAGCUCAAGCAGUGGUACAAAGGCUUCCUCAAGGACUGUCCCUCUGGCAUCCUCAACCUGGAGGAGUUUCAGCAGCUCUACGUUAAGUUUUUCCCAUAUGGUGACGCCUCAAAGUUCGCCCAGCACGCGUUUCGGACGUUUGACAAGAACGGCGACGGGACCAUCGACUUCAGGGAGUUCAUCUGCGCCCUGUCCAUCACUUCCAGGGGCAGCUUCGAGCAGAAACUCAACUGGGCCUUCAACAUGUACGACCUGGACGGGGAUGGGAAGAUCACACGCAUGGAGAUGCUGGAGAUCAUUGAGGCCAUCUACAAGAUGGUCGGCACUGUGAUCAUGAUGCGUAUGAACGAGGACGGGCUGACCCCGCAGCAGCGCGUGGACAAGAUCUUCUCCAAGAUGGACAAAGACCACAACGAUGAGAUCUCCCUGGAAGAGUUUAAAGAGGCCGCCAAGUCUGACCCCUCCAUCGUCCUACUGCUGCAGUGUGACAUGCAGAAGUAGAGAGAGGGACGGGUGGAGACACAGAGGGAGGGAGGGAAGGAGGGAGGGAGGGAGGGGAGGGACGGGGGAAGAGUUGAACUGAAACAAGAGAAGGAAGGAGGAUGAGAGAAGGAAGGGAGAGACGCAGUGGGGAGGAGGAGGAGGAGGAGGAGGAGGAGGAGGAGGUAGGGAAGCUGUUUUCCUUUUUUUUUGAGGCAGUGAUGAUGGCAAUGAGCCGUGUUUGGAACACAGUGGACCUCUGGUUGAUGCCAUUCUUUUCUUCCAGGCCGUCCCGUUGUGCAACUCUGCUUCAGUCUAGCCGGGUGUCUUUACACGUCCAAUCUGAUGAUCUGUGAAAAGAGGAAAUUCCUCCAACACCUUUGGCACAGAGAUAUUGAUUUACACCCUGCAGUACAAUAUACUGCUGGUGAUUUAAGUGCAGAGGUCAGCUCUCUUUUUAGAACACCUGCACCUUCGUCUUGUUUAUACCCAACUUUCUUAUUUGUAUAAUAGUGAAUGGUUUGCCCACCCUUUUCAAGACCUUGAUCUUAAAAGAUUUAAUUGCAAUUUAACAUGGAUUUCAAUGGACAUGACAAGAUAGUUUUGUAAGACACGCUUUCUUUCGGGGAGUUAUGUGAUAAGAUCGAUACCACUAUAAUAUCUGUUAACUGUGAAGCUACAGCCAGGAGACGGUUGGCUUAGCGUGGCUUAGCAUAAAGACCUAAUAACAGGGAUAAAGAGUAAAGAAAUCUGCCUAACAGCACCUUCAAGGGCGCUUUCACAAGCCAACAUUUAGUCCAUUUUAAUGGAACUCUGUUGCGGUCCUUAGCAACUGGUCUGAGACCGCUUGUCUCGAACCGUUUCCAAGCGAACCAAAAUGCAACCUGCCUGGGCAUUUGUUGAGAUACAGACACAGGUAAACGAGAGGUUAACAUGAGUGGGAGAGGACUGACCUGGACUUCUGCAUAAGUCCAAUGUUUGCUUGACAUCUGGGCUGAAGAGAACAUAUAGAAUAUGUCAAAGUGAAAAAAACUUUGACAGCAAUAUAUCAAAGUCUGCGAUUCCCUUCAUAGAAUUGGCAGCUCUCCAGACAGAAAUGAUAAAUCCUCUCCUUCGUACACGCCCCUCAGCAAAUUAAUUUUAUAAUUUGGUCCGCUUUAAUUUGUGCACUGUGAUACCGAACCAGACUAAAUAGAAAACAAACCAAAAGUAUCAAUUUCACUCUGAUUCGGACUAACCUAAACGGACUAUGGCUUGUGAAAGUGCCCUAAAAGUCACUAAUUAACACAUUCUAUAUUGUUUACAAAGUGUAAAAAUGACCAGAUGUGGUUCUACAGAGGGUUUUGUGGAGUCCUCGCUGGUUACCUGGCAAACCCACGGUGACGACAAACAAGACUUGAGGAAGUAAAUGCUCCCGGCCAAGAAAUAGUCUGGUUUAUAACCCCUGGUAUGACAGCAACUUGUCAGUUUUUAUACUUCAAAUUUUUCUUUAGCUUUCGGACUUGGUCUUUAUGCUAUGCUAAGCUAAACUAAUUGUCUCCUGGCUCCAGCUUCAUAUUUACCGCACAGAUAUGAGAUAUCGACGUUCUCAUCUAACGCUUGUCAAAAAAGCAAAUAAACAUAUUCCCUGAAAUGUUCGUUUAAUGUCUUACGCUAGUGUUAAUUCUGGCACCCAGACUUCGGAAAGUCAGCCGGUGUUUUGAUGCUGUGCACCACGGUAUAGUUUGAAAAAAGGAAUGGCAUUAAACCAACAAAAGGCCUGUUGUUUGUUCCACACAGAGCAACAAGAGAGAAGCAGAUGUUAUGCUGAUAGAGAAAAUGAACAAUACCAUGAGCUGUGUGUGUGUUUGUGUUAUGGUGUCCAUACGAGUAUGUGAGAAUGUGUGUACGAGCAAAAUAUACACUUCUUGAACCCAGAUCAAACUGCCCACUCUGUGUGUGUUUGUGUGUGUGUGUGCAGUUGCCAAAUCCACUGCCAGUUCUAUUUUUCCAGGCGCUGAAACAAAGCAUUUCCGAUAGAUUACAGUGCGGCGUCCACACGCUUUACCCUCCAAAUAUGAGGCAGGCAGGUGAUGAAUGACUCAGACGGCUGCCUCCAGCAGCAUGGCGAGGCAUACUGAUGUGCUGCUCAGCGACUUCGGCCUGCGCCUACUAAGCUUUUCCACACAUGCUGAAAUCAAUAUCUUAUCAAAAUGAUUACAUGUGUUUUUAUUAAAAGGACAUGUAAUUAGGUUAGAAUAAAGCCUCGUCCUCCGCAUAAUCUAAUCUGGGCUUUCUCCAGACAGUGAACAUGUUCUUUAUUUGAAUGUCAGCUACAGUUUUUCAGUGGGCCGCGGCAACAGGAAAUUAACAUUUAACAUUCAGCUUCAUAUUACUAAUAGUUAGGGCUGUCAACGUUAACGCAAAUUGGUUUUAACGUCACUAAUUUCUUUAACGCAUUAACGCAACUUGACAUUUUUAGGUUGUAACAGGCUCAGUUUAAAAGCUAGAGUGAAGAUAGUGGCAUCAUAUGAAACAAGAAAAUAACGCUCAAAACUAGAAAAAAGCUAAAUUUUGGCGAGAACAAACUGGCUUUGGUCAUUUCCAGAGGGGUCCCUUGACCUUUGACCUCAACUAAUUUCAAAAUAGAUCACAGCUAAUUAUUUUUUUUUUAAAAACCCACUAUUUUUAUUAACAGGUUCAAUUAAAAAGGAGAAUUUAAUUAUGUUUUAAUGAGUUAUUACAGUUGGUAAAUGUGCGUUGGAUACUAUUACUGUCUCUGCACCAAAAAA